GUCAAGAUGGACAAAAAGUCCUUUGAAACGGUGCUGGAUGAAAUUAGAAAGGCUGUUUUGACAGAGUACAAAUUAAAAGCAAUUGAAUAUGUGCACGGAUAUUUCUCCAGUGAACAGGUGGUUGAUUUACUGAGAUAUUUCUCCUGGGCUGAGCCUCAGUUGAAGGCAAUGAAAGCAUUACAGCAUAAAAUGGUGGCUGUUCACCCAGCAGAAGUGGUCAAUAUACUCAACUGUUUCACCUUCAGUAAAGACAAACUAGUUGCUCUUGAACUGUUAGCUUCAAACAUUGUUGAUGCACAGAAUUCUCGUCCCAUUGAAGAUCUGUUCAGGAUAAAUAUGUCUGAGAAGAAACGGUGCAAGAGAGUGCUUGAACAGGCUUUCAAGGCGGGCUGCAAAGCUCCUCAUGCUAUGAUAUCUUCUUGUGGAACAAUCCCAGGAAAUCCAUAUCCCAAAGGAAAACCUAGUCGCAUAAAUGGAAUUUUCCCAGGAACCCCUUUGAAGAAAGAUGGUGAAGAGUGUACCAACGAAGGCAAAGGAAUAGCUGCACGGAUUCUCGGACCGUCCAAACCACCUCCUUCAACAUACAAUCCACAUAAACCCGUUCCUUAUCCGAUACCUCCAUGCCGGCCACAUGCAACUAUUGCACCAAGUGCUUAUAACAAUGCAGGUCUGGUACCAUUAGCCAAUGUCAUAGCUCCAGGUGUGCCCCCGCCACCUCCAUAUACUCCUAAUCCAGUAGCAGCAGAGAAUGAAGACCUUUCCAAUCAGUCAAAACCUACACAGAAUCCAGCGUUUUCUGCCCCAGCAAGUCAGCUCUUUUCUCCUCGUGGCUCUAACCCUUCGACACCUGCGGCAACUCCUGUUCCUGCUGCUUCCCCGGUCAAGGCAGUAAAUCAUCCAUCGGCAUCGGCCACUGCCGCCCUCCCUGGGAUGAACCUAAACCUGCUGAACACUGUCCUUCCUGUGCUCCCGGGGCAGGUCUCAGCUGUUCAUGCACCUCAGCCAACGACGCCCAAUCCAACAGUCAUCAGAACCCUUUCCUUGCUGGCUGCACCGGUGACUUCUGUUCACAGCACCACAUCUGCUCCCGUUCCUUCCGUUUUUUCUGGCCACGUUCCACUGCCAGGUCCUUCUGCCACCCCUACCCCAGCCCCUCAGGCCGCAUCUACACCUCGGGCCACCCCUGCUUCCAGCGAAACAUUUGCUUCUACUUCUGCCCCUUUCACUAGCCUCCCCUUUGCCGCCACCUCUACUGCCGCUUCUACCAACAACCUCGAUUCCUCCUCACUGGCAUCGGUUUUUGCUGGUCUCCCCUUGACCUUAACACCGACCUCCCAAGGUGUGUCCAACCCGACUCCUUCUGUAAUCGCCUGCGGUUCUGCUCCCACUGUUGCCUGUCCACUGGGUGUAAAUAAUCCCCUUCUGUCUGCUUUAAAAGGCUUUCUGACAUCAAAUGAUACCAACCUCAUCAACUCUUCCACGUUACCCUGCGCCGUUACUAGUGGGCUGGCUUCCCUCGCCUCCCUCACUAACCAGAGCUCCGACUCUGCGGCGGCCGCCCUUAACAAGGGCUACGGCCCGCAGCGGGCUUCCACGCCGGGACUGGCUCUGUUCCCGGGCCUGCCCUCGCCGGCAGCCAACGCGGCUUCCACGCCCCCGGCUCUGCCUGCGCCCGCCGCCGCUGCCUCCUCGGGGCCCGCCGGCUGCGGCUCCUCGGCCACCCUGCUGCACGGCCCACUCGCGAGUCACGCAGACGCGCCCGGUUCGUCGACGCCCGCCGCCACCAGCCUGCCCGUAGUGAUCAAGACCGAGCCCGCGAGCCCCACUCCUUCUGCCUUCAGGGGCCCGGCGCCCCCGCCGCCCCCCACCCCCGCUCCGGGCGCACUGGGCCUGCCGGGGGCGCUGGGGCGGGUGUACACGGCAGCCUCGGUGCCGGUCAGUUUACCGUCCUGCCUCGCCCCUGCGCUGCCGGGCCUCCCGGGCCUGAGCGCGACCCCGAGCGGCUCGAGCCCUCUGCCCUCCCUCCCGCUGCCUGCGCACGGCUCCGCCGCGCCCAUCGCCCCCGUCUUCAGCGCCUUGCCCCCUUUCACUUCGCUGAGCAGCGGCUUCGCCCAGGCUGCCCACCCGUCCCUCGGCGCCCCCGCCUCGUCCGCACCCACCUGCGCCCCCGGCCCCUCGGCGCCCGCCUCGGCGGCGGCCUUCCCACUCAGCCUGCCCACUGCCGCUGCCCACCCGUCCCUCGGCGCCCCCGCCUCGUCCGCACCCACCUGCGCCCCCGGCCCCUCGGCGCCCGCCUCGGCGGCGGCCUUCCCACUCAGCCUGCCCACUGCCGUGCCCUCGCUCUUCUCCGUGGCGCAGGGACCUCUUCCGGCCUCGGCUCCCUCCUACCCCGGCUUCUCCGUCUCCGGUGCGGCCCCCGCGCUGCCCUCGUUCCCGGGGCUGCAGCCGCCCGCCACUGGCGCCGCCACCGCCCCGUCGCCUGCUCCCGUCCUCCCCGGGUUCGCCUCCGCCUUUAGUUCCAGUUUCAACUCCGCUCUGGUUGCGCAAGCCGGCUUAUCAUCUGGACUUCAAGCUGCAGGCAGUUCUGUUUUUCCAGGCCUCUUGUCCCUCCCCGGUAUCCCCGGGUUUUCCCAGAAUCCUUCACAAUCAUCCUUGCAGGAAUUACAGCAUAAUGCAGCCGCACAGUCAGCAUUGUUACAGCAGGUCCACUCAGCUUCAGCUCUGGAAAGCUACCCAGCUCAGCCGGAUGGGUUUGCUAGUUAUCCUUCAACACCAGGAACACCGUUUUCUUUGCAACCAGGCCUGUCCCAGACUGGGUGGCAGUGAAUACAUUUAAAUGCAUAUUCUCCUCCAGGGCAACAUCAGAAUCGCCUGAGGACUGCAGUGAACAAUUGGACAAAUGUGCAGUUGGCCAAAAGUCAGGAAAUGAGGAUGAGGAUAAUCCUGGGGAAAUUGGGAUAAGAGCUUAAAAAACGUGGUUACAUUUUUUAAAAAUGGUUUUAAGUAUGGACAUUCCCCUAUGUAAAUAUGCUGACAAUAAAUUGUAUGGAGAAUAGUA